AUGGCGUCCCCGUCCAAGUCGGCAAGGACAACGACGUUCCCUCUUCCCAGGCUCCGGGAUCUCAUCGAGCACGAUGAAGAAGAUGAUUUCGUCGAGGAGGAGGAGGAGGACGACGAUGAGGACGAGGACUGGGACAUCAGGAAGCGCAUGUCCCUCCUCACCGUCGAAGGCUCCGACGGCGGUGACGCCGACGAUGAGGAAGACGGGUCGGCAGACGUCGAUGAGGAGGAUGAGGACGAGGUGAGGUCGGAUGGCCUCAACGGUGAGUACGAGAGCCAGCAGUGGCACCCGUACGAUAGCCCAAGAAAUCUGAAGCCUCCCUCCUCGGCCUCGCUACCGGGCACGCCGGAGCGCGGAGCGCCGUCGCAGUCGCCGUGGCGCUACUCCAAGGACUACGCCAGCGAGACAGAGGCGGGGUGGUGGCCUGGCGCCCCCCACGACAGGCGCCGGCAGCACUACCGGCGUCAGCGGAUGAUGCGGGAGGUGUGGCUCGAUCGCGCGUGGCAGAUGAGGAAGCAGCGGCAGCAGCUGGGCGAGCGCGGCGAUGAGGUGACGGUGGUGGUCGGGAAUGGCGGCGAGUCCCCUGCGCGGGGCGGCGUGGCCAUAGACAUGGAGGAGGCGCGUGCUUGUAAGGACCUCGGCUUCGACCUGCCGUGCGACUGGACGGUGGAGAUCCCCUCCUACGCGGUCCCCAACGUCGACACUGCCAGCAGCGGCGGCAACUCUCCGGCCUCCGGCAGCUGGCGCAUCUCCAGCCCCGGAGACGACCCCAAGGACGUGAAGGCGAGGCUCAAGGUGUGGGCGCAGGCAGUUGCACUAUCAUCUGCCUCUCGGCUCGGCUCUUGA